GUUGUGGAACAUCAUUAAACCGGCACCUGAGCCAGCAAACCUCAUUUGACAUCAGAGCAAAAACUGUUCCACCGUCCUCCAUGCUGCCAGGUGUAACUGAGACCUCAAGCCACUCUUCUUCGGACCCAGCCCCAGCGUCGCCAAUCGGCUUCCCUCUUGGAGCGAGAGGACCAAUCAGCGACCGUCUUCGAUGAAUAUUCAUGAGUCCGAGAUUCAAACCUUUGAGCGAGUUUGUCUUGGUCCACAGCAUCAUACCUGGGACUUUUCACAGGCACAAACUACAUUUUCUUAUGAAUGGAAAGAGAAAAAAUCAGUUCGGCUUAAAUUGGGAUCCGUCCUUCACUGAGAUCAUAGAAGGAAAACAACAAAAGCGAGACAAGGGGGACCGCGAGAAGAGAUGACAAUGACUACAAUCCCAGAAAGUCUUAAUAGCCCUGCCUCAGGAAAAAACGUUUUCAUGGAGUUUGGACCCCCGAGUCAGCAACUGUCGCCUUCCUCCAUGUCACACGGACACUAUCCCAUGCACUGUUUACAUUCUGCAGGUCAUACCCAGCACGACAGCUACAGUCCAGCCUCGUCGUUCCCCAGAUCUUUGGGUUAUCCAUACGUCAACUCGGUCGGCAGCCAUUCCACCAGUCCAUAUCUGAGCACAGUACAGAGCUACCAAAACAGCUCGGCGCUCUCACAGACGCGGCUAGAAGACGCAGCGCCAGAAACAGAGAAAAACACAGUGGUGGAAGGAGGAGAGGUUCGGUUCAACGGGAAAGGGAAAAAGAUUAGAAAACCAAGGACUAUCUACUCAAGUUUACAACUUCAAGCUCUGAACAGGAGAUUUCAACAAACGCAAUAUUUGGCGUUACCGGAGAGAGCUGAGCUGGCAGCGUCGCUGGGUCUCACUCAGACACAGGUGAAGAUUUGGUUUCAGAACAAACGCUCUAAAUUCAAAAAACUGAUGAAGCAAGGAGGAGGAACAAUUGACGCAAACGCUUUGGCCACGGGCCGCGGACUGUCGAGCGGGUCUCCCUCGGUGGCACCUGUCUGGAGCUCACCGACCACCGUGAAGACUUCAGUCGGAUCAACCGGAUCUUACAUUCCCAGCUACACCUCGUGGUAUCCCACCACACACCAAGAGUCUAUGCAACAGUCACAGCUCAUGUGAACAGACACCUCAGCCCUCCACUCUGCCAUGGCUCGUGGAUCUGGAUGUUGAGGAGGCCUGCAGCCGCUCCUCGCGGCUAGGCACUGAUAAUACACAACAACCCCGGAGUCUGCUGCCGCGUGCAGCCAGCUGACACAGUGGCCUCUUCAUACCGGAAGGAGCGAAGAAGAAGGAGAAGGGGAUGAGAGACUAAAAGGGCGCACAAUGCGCCUGAGGGCAACAAUUCCCUGACAGCGAGCGGAAAUUGUAGACAAAUGGAUCCUUUUUCGGCUGCUGUUUAUCACUGUUGUGUCCGUUUCUAUUUUUUAAAUCAUAUUUGUGUGAGUUAUUCUGUUUGUAAGAAAAAAACACGUGUUUGUUUACACCAGAUGUUGGGCCCAAGCUGAUUCUAAGAAAAAUCAAUCUACAUUUCUAAACAAAGUGGAUCAGGCCAGAGAGGUGUUUCUUUAACCAAAUAAUUAUGAUGAAUUAAUUCGAUCAAUUACCACCAGGCCGUUUAUGCUUACAGUACACCCAACCACCGUGUGCUAAAGCCUCAAAUGUUAUUUCUAUGUGUUUGUUAUUUAAGUUAAAUUAUUGGGACUUGUUGAGGUCUGCCUUUGUUCAUUUUGUGUGUGUGUGUGUGGGUGUGUGUGUUUGAAACAACAACAUUGUGUUGUUCCUACUGCACUAACGCAAGCAAAGCUUUUCUAUGCCGUGCCCCCAUGUUAUGUGAAAAAUGUAAACGGCCUGACAAUUUUGCUGCUUUGGAAAAAAAGAACUCUGUUGAGGCUAAGCAGCUGAUUUGUCACUGUAUUUUGUACAUAAUUUGCGGAUUUGUUUUUGUGAUGUACUGGGUACGCUGUGAAACAGGGUUUUAGGCUUUCUGUAUUCGUCGAGAUGUGUUUUAGUCCACAUAGAAAAUAUUUAGUUUUGUAUUGAUCACUUUAAUUUAUUGAUCUGUUUCUGAAAGUUUAUGUACAGAAUGUGCAAAGUUUCAAAAGCAGUAAAAUGAUGAUUUAAAUUAUGUC